GACCGGGAUAUCGAGGGAAGCCCCAGCGCUAGGCUCGGCCAUUUUGUCAAAACUCCCAACGGCAUCCAGACGUUCCGUAACUCUGUCCACGUUAAAAUGUCGGGAGGCUUAGAUAUAUUGUCCCUUAAAGAGGAUGACAUUACCAAGAUGUUGGUCGCCACCACCCAUUUGGGUUCGGAGAACGUCAACUUCCAGAUGGAGCAGUACGUUUACAAGCGCCGUGCUGAUGGUGUGAACAUCAUCAAUCUGGGCAAGACCUGGGAAAAGCUGGUGCUGGCUGCUCGCGCCAUUGUGGCCAUUGAGAACGCCUCAGAUGUUUUCGUCAUCUCAUCGCGUCCGAUUGGUCAACGUGCCGUGCUGAAGUUCGCCAAGUAUACCGAUACUACUCCCAUUGCUGGCCGUUUCACUCCUGGUGCAUUCACCAAUCAGAUCCAGCCCGCUUUCCGUGAGCCACGUCUCUUGGUUGUCACCGACCCCAUGACCGAUCACCAGCCCAUUAUGGAGGCCUCGUAUGUCAACAUUCCCGUGAUUGCCUUCACCAACACGGACUCGCCUUUGCGUUACAUUGACAUUGCUAUCCCAUGCAACAACAAAUCUCCCCAUUCUAUUGGUCUGAUGUGGUGGUUGUUGGCCCGUGAGGUGCUCCGUCUGCGCGGUACCAUCUCCCGCUCCAUUGAAUGGCCCGUUGUGGUCGAUUUGUUCUUCUACCGCGAUCCCGAGGAGGCUGAGAAGGAAGAGGCUGCCGCCAAGGAGCUUCUGCCACCACCAAAGAUCGAGGAGGCUGUCGAUCAUCCAGUUGAGGAGACUACCAACUGGGCCGAUGAGGUUGCUGCCGAAAAUGUUGGCGGUGUUGAGGACUGGAACGAGGAUACCGUCAAGACCUCAUGGGGCAGUGAUGGUCAGUUCUAAAUGUCUGACUAAGUAGACCAAUCCACUUGAAUGUAAUGGUGGUUAUCAGGCGGUUACACAGCAUAAAUAAAUGCCAUCAUUUAUGUUUCUUUAAAAAUU